AUGCUAGACAAUGAGAUGUAUGCCAGAUACAGAUAUACUGUUAGACAGAUGAUUCUGAUUACGUUGCGCUUCUUCGCCACAGGAGCAUUUUUUAACAUCAUUGGUGAUAGCAUCGGCUACCACAAGUGCACUGUGUCACGUGUUGUAGCCCAAGUAACAGAAGCAAUUUGUGGUCACAUACAUCAGUUUGUGAUGUGGCCUGAUGCCAAUGCUCGAGCAUGGAAUAUGACAGAAUUUUUUAAGAAAGCUGGUUUCCCGAAUGUUGUUGGAUGUGUAGACGGAACACAUAUCCGAAUCCAGGCGCCAUCCGAAGACGAACCAGCCUUCGUGAAUAGGAAAGGCUUCCAUUGCAUCAACAUGCAGACUAUAUGUGACAUCAAAGGAAAAUUUACAAGUGUAAAUGCAAGCUGGCCUGGGUCGUGCCACGACGCGCACGUCUUCAGAACGUCGGGAUUGGCAGCCAAACUGACCAUUGAACAUGUGGCGUUUUCAGAUGGUGUCCUUUUAGGUUCAUACCCAAUGAACAUGAAAAGUUUGUACGCCCUGAAGCCAUUCCUCAUGGCCCCUUUUAUUAGGGUUGACAGUGAAGCAAAGGAAAGAUAUCAACAUGCACACACUCGGACAAGGGCCUGCAUCGAGAGAUCAUUUGGCAGGCUUAAGAGGAGAUAUCAUGUUUUACAUUCAGAGAUACGCCUCAGACCAGAAAAGGCAUGCAAGGUAGCUGUGGCAUUUGUAAUCCUACAUAAUAUUGCAGUGGACAUGAACAUGCCUAUGGACGACGAUGAGUUCAUUCAGCCACAAAAUGGGAAUGAUGGAGUACAUCAAGAUGGUGGUACUGGCGUUGCCACUAGAGACUUCAUUGUGGAAAACUUCUUCUCUGUGUAG